UCAAUUCCAUUUGUGUUAUAAUUUUUCAAUGCCUUGAAAUUUUUUUUUACUAAAUUUUCUUAAAUUUAAUGAGCUGUGGCCACCUUUCUUUUUUGCCAAUCAAGGAUUAUCACAGAAUUUCUUGCAGAUUUGUUUUAUUUCAACAUGAAAAGUGAUUUAUGGUUACUUACACGCGUGACACAGUUACCGACUUAUAGGCAACGCAUGUUUUCCAGAGAUAAUCCUGCAUAAAAUAGACAUUGCAGAAGUGAAGAUUUUCCUGGAAAAAAUUGUUGUGGAAUGAAGUAGGUAAUGACCAUUUUGUAAAUAAUGAAUUCUACAAUUGCUUCUAACAUCAACGGGACUUCAGCAACUGACAAAGACUCUAUUAAUCGAAAGCUUGCCAAUGCUUCCCGAUCAUCUCUGCUCAUUAGUAACAUAGAUUUUUCAGUAGCUGAAGUGAAGAAGCCAUCUACUAGCUCUAAUAUUUCAGGGAAAUAUCUUUAUAAAGUUGGCGAUUCUGAAAUAAUCUGCAAUGGGCAAAAGAAACAAAAAAAUUGUGUUGAUCAAAACAAAAAUACCUAUAAUAAUUCUUAUCAGGUUAUGAAUGGUAACAAAGAGAAAGUUGAAGAUGGCAUACCAGUUCCAAAAAUUCAGUUAUAUUCUGGAAAAAUUCACUUGGAAUGGAAGCAGAUAUACAAAAUAGGAGCUGGACUAAGUAACAUAGGAAACACUUGCUUUAUGAAUACAGUUCUCCAGUGUUUGACCUACUGCCCUCCACUGGCAAAUUAUCUCUUGCAUGACAAUGAUCAUUCGUCAAAAUGUACAAUUUCUGGCUUCUGCAUGAUGUGUCUCCUACAGAAGCAUAUCAGACGAACAAUUGGUAAAACCGGUGAUAUCAUAAAGCCAAAUGAUAUAUACCAAAGAUUAAAAUUAAUAGCAAAACAUUUUCAAUUUGGGCGACAAGAAGAUGCUCAUGAAUUUCUUCGUUAUGUUAUUGACAAUCUCUGGAAAUCAUGCCUAAAUCAAAAUAACAAUUCUUCCAAACUGGAUCCUGCAAGCAAAGAAACUACAGUUAUUAAUCAAAUAUUUGGAGGAUAUCAUAGAAGUCAAGUAACAUGUUUACGAUGCAAGGAAAAAAGCAAUACAUUUGAUCAUUUCAUGGACUUCAUUCUUGAUAUAAAGCAAAAUGUAUUAAGUUUGGAGAAGGCUUUGGAAAAAUUCAUCCAACCUGAGCUGUUAGAACAAGAAAAUUCCUAUAAAUGUCCUAAAUGCAAAAUGAAAGUAACAGCUCAAAAGAAAUUUACAGUGUAUAAAGCUCCCAAUGUUGCUACUUUCCAGUUAAAAAGGUUUGAUUAUAACCGUUCAUUUGGAGGAAAGAUAACGAAGCAAAUAAGUUACCCUGACAGGUUAAAUCUUCGUCCCUUCAUGUCUGAUCCUAAGGGGGAUCCAGUGUGGUACAGAUUGAAUGCAGUACUUGUUCAUUCAGGACCUACAUGUAAUUCUGGUCAUUAUUAUUGUUAUGUCAAGAAUUCAAAUGGAGUUUGGUAUAUAAUGGAUGAUCAAAGGGUUGCACAAGUUAGUUACACACAAGUUAUGAGUCAGACUGCUUAUGUUUUAUUUUAUAUAAAAUCAGAGCCAUCUCAGGGUCCAUCUAUGAAGAAAUGUUUAGAAAAUAGAAGUCCUGUAAUCAAAGGGAAUUUAUUAGCAACCAAUUACAAGAAAACUCCUGAAAUAAACUCGAUAAAGUCUUCACCUUUGACCGAAAGAAAUCAGCCAAAGCAAUCCAGUCCAACUAUAAAAUUUCAAAUUUCUCUUAAUAAUACUAAAAAACAUCCAGUAACUCCAAACCAUAGCAGGGAACCAAUAUCAUUUGGAAUGCGGCCAAGUAUGCCAGUUAUUCAAGAUAUUCGUAAAUCUGAAAGCAUGUCUCCUUCUAAGAAAAUCAAGCAAUCCCCAAACUCUUCUAAAGCAGCCAACAAUCAUUCAGGAUUAGUGCCUUAUGUUAAAGAUUCAUCAGAAUCUUCGGAUGAAAAUGAAAAUGCUAAGCUUGUGAACCCUAAAACUGAAAUUAAAUAUAAGCCACCAUUUAAUGACUCUGAAAAUACAAAACUAGAUGGUGCCAAAAAUGUUACAAAAAUAAAUAAACCUUUUAGUGAGAACUCUCCUAAUCUUGAGAUUAAACGAAAAAUGUCCAAAUCUAUUUUGAGUGUAAAUAAAUUAUCACCAGCUAAUAGUACAAUAUCUCUGUCCUCAAAAGUUAUAGCUACUGGUUCUUGGACUGUUACUGAUGCUUCAGUACCUUCUGUGGGAGGAUCCAAUUCCAGCUCCAGUAGUGUUAACUCAACAACAGAUUGGCAUGUGACCAGCACAAACUCUGAAUCAUCUAUUGAAACUAUUGUAAAUAAGGUAGGAUCGGAUAAUAAGAAAAAUGGCCACAUUGAUUCAAAAGAAUCAUCUAAAUGUUCUGUACCUGUACUUGGUAAUGGUAUUAGCCGUUCAUCAGUUCAAAGCAUUUCAUGCUCAAACUCUCAGGAAAGUGGUUUAAAUGCUACCUCAUUUUCUGAUGAUUAUGAUAAUUCAUCAAUUUCCAAAACUUCUAAUAAAAAAUGUGAUUUUCAAAAACAACCACAAAAUGAGAAGCCAUUUCUUGGCUCCGAAAGAAACUCCAAGCAACACAACUCCUUUCUCAAAAGGAAAUAUGAUGACUCUGAUCAGAAAAUAUCUGAAGGCUCCUCCAAGUCUCUCUUCAAUGAAGACCGAGGUAAUUCUGUACCUAAAAAGGCUAAAUACACUGAAGAGUUCAUCAAAUCCCCCUCCAAAAAUGGACUAGGCGUGCGUGAUAAGUCGGUAAAUACAUAUGGAAAACUUUCUUGUGAAUCCAAAAAUGUGUCCUAUUCAAAUAAAAGUAUUCCUAAUGAAGAAAGAUCUCCAUCAAAAAAUAAAAAUGGUACCACUUUCUAUGAUAAGGUAUCAAGCAAAUCUGAGAAAUCCGUAAGCUCCAGGAGAACAAGAGAAGCAGAUGGUGCUUCGAGUUCUGAAAGUUCUCCUUCCAGUUUUGAAUAUGAAUGGGUUGAAAAAACUAAAGAUAGUAUGGAAAACACAAAAGAAAGAGAUAAAAGAAAUGGUUAUUCAGGAUCAAACUCUUAUUCAAAAUCGGAUCGGUCCCAUGAUGUUGUAUCUGAACUCACUAGGAACUCUAAUUACUUUUAUGGAGCUCCUGUUCCUACUUGGAAAGGAGAAAAUCGUUACAAAGACAAGUCAGUUAAUGAGAAACGAAAAUAUUUAGAUGAUUAUGAAGAUGAAUACGAUAGAGGAAAGGUUAGAAAAUUCAAACCCAGAGAUCGAUACCAACGUUAUUAUAAGGAAAAUCCUUUUCAAAAGUAUGAGGAAAGAAAAUAUAAUCACAAAUAUAAUGGGAACUUUUAUUACGGCCAUCGUAGCCAUCAUCAGAAGCCAUAUGAUUCUUACUACAAGUGGAAACAGUAUCACAAUCAUUAUCAUCAACAAAACAGAAAACAUUUUAAACCACAUUAUAGAAGAUGAAUCUGCAUUCUCAUUGUAUUACUAGAAAUCUUACUGCCACAUUUGUAAGAGAGGUGUUCCAACACAUGUUGUAUAGUAGAUUUUUGCACUUAUAUGGAUUCACAAACGCAUAAUUCUGAGUGUUGUUUUUAGCUUUUGUUUUCACUGAUAUUAUUUCAUUUUUUUUUUUUUUCCCAUAUGUUAUUUUUUAUUAUUUUAUUUUGCUUUAUUGGUAAAACACUAAUUCAGUCUUGGUAUAGUUAAACUAAAAAUCAUGUAUAGUCUCAAAGGAAUCAUGAAAUUGAAAAAAAAAAUAUCUAAUAACUGAUUUAUUGUAAUUGAGUUAAUAGAAAAUUAAAAAUGAUCGUGCUGCUUAAAACCAAGUUUGUGUAUCAUUCAUUCAUUGCAGAAAUGAGAUUAAAAUAUUUUACAUAAAUUAUUUUAUAAUGUAUAGAAAUAUGCUAAUGUAUGUUGAAACAUUCAUAGAUAUAGUGCAUUAAAUGAUAUGAUUAGAAAUGUUUUUUCCCCGAUUUUGAAUAUGUAGAAAUGUGUGUGAGUUAAAGUAAAAAACAUAGAUGGCAAAUGUAUUGCUUUAUAUCAAAUGCAUCCUCAGUUUUACCUUCUUUUAAAACUUAAUUCAGUCUUGUGUACCAAACCAGCUAAACUACUUGUUCAGCCAGUCUAAACCAAUUAUUAGGUAAUAAAUAUAUUGUUAAUACACUGAGAUGUUUUGUAAAAAGUUACGAUAGUCAAGGAUUUGAUUGAAUCGAUAAAAAGAAAAUUCUAUUAUGCUCUUCUUUUUUGAAUAAGAGAUAAUUGAAAAUGUCAUCAUGCUUGUAACAUUUGAUAACAGCAUUUAAAAGAUUUGAUCAUAUAUUCACUUUUCCAACUUGAUUACAAGCUUUUGCUGCUUAUUGAUUAAAAAUUAAAUGCUAUUGAAUUUUACUUUAAAAAUCAUAUUGACUUUUUAUUAAGUUGCAUGAAAUAAAUGAAUGCCAAAUUAAAUUCCCUUGGAAGAAUUGGUUGGAAAUCGUGUUUCUAGUAUAUUAUGUUAUCUGUUACAAAUUUUUAACUAAUAUUCAUCUUUAGUCAAAGAGAAAAUGCUGUUUAUAUGUUAAUUAUACCCUUUCUGUUUGGGAACAGCAUUUUGAAUUUUUUUCAAUAUAAUAUAAUUUGUACAUUAAAAAUGUACAAGCUUGUUUCAUCUGUUAAAUUCAAAAAGUACAAAUAAACUAUUGUUGCUUUAUGAAUGAAAUUGAUUAAUAAACGAUUCUUCUCAUUCAUAUUUGCAUCAUUUAUUUCAAUCAUGUUAAAUACACUAGUGAUUUUUUUUUAGAUGUGGAUUGAUUUUCAUUCUGAGGGGGUUAGAAAUGUUUAAAUACUUAUAAACAGACUAUAUGCUUUAAAAACUUAUUAUUUUUAAGACUUUUUGUUAAAAAUCAUACUUUAUUCAUUUUUAUAUAUUUGCAUAGUCCUUAUUCAUUAUUCUUCAAAACUGAAUAUUUAAAAUUAGAUAUUUUUUAAUUAUUUGAUGGGUUUCCAACAAUUUUUCUAUCAGUCUUGCUUUAAAAUGCUUGCAUAUAAUAGAUUUUCUAGAAAUUAGUCGUUCCAUUUUGUUAAGUAUAUUACUUAGAAUACUUGUUUUUUGAUCAGAUAUGUUUUCUUUAUGACAAUUAUUGCCACACACCCCUUUUAUCUUACUUUUGUAUUUAUUCUUUGGGUGAAAAAAAUAAAUCUACAGAAGUUAUCAUUUUAAUAAAACUUGAUAUGGUGCACUUAUAAAGAUAAUGGAAUGGUAUUUCUUUGCAGGCUUAAAUUUGUCUUUUAAUUUUUGAAAUAUGAAAGAUAUGUAUUUCAUAGUUUUGAAUGUAAAGUGAUAAUUUACUUGGAAAUCUACUUGUAUAUAUCUACGCUUUGAUGAGUAUUUUAUUUACAUCAGGCUUAACUGUGAUACUAAGCUGUAUCAAUGAGGAUUUUUAAUUAAUCUAUUUUGAGUCAUUUAAUGUUUGAUACUUAAAACAGGCUUGUAAGAUAAGCUUUAUAUAUAUAAAAUCCUUCUCUUGGCCCUUGUUUUAUGUAUUAUUGCAUCAUUGUGCUACUGGUACUCUUUAUUUCUUCGCAUAAAGGCUGACAUUUAGUACUCUUGGGUUUGUAAAAUCAAAUUGUGAUUCAACUUCAUGUGAUGCAGCAAUGUCUCAAAAUAUAUUUUUGAAUGAUUUUCUUAUUUUAUGUAACUAUUUAUGUGUGUGCCUGAUUCCUUUUUUCAUUGAUAAUGAUUUGUUUGUUUUAUUUUUUCCCUGGUAAAUUGUGGACUUGUAUAUAAAAGCUGCUAUCAUCCACAAAAAUAUUUCUAUGUAGUUAGAAAGAUCAUCUUUAUUGUAAAAUAGGACCAAUGGAAUUAUUUAGUGUUAUCUGGGUUUCAGAAAGAGUAUGUGCAACUUUGGAACAUUACUUGUGUGGGAAUUUUGUAUGUAUGAAAUGUGAUGCUGUAACAUGAUGUGCAAGUUUUUUUCUCUUUUUUUUAACAUAUUAAAUUGGACAAAAAUAAAGUCUUUGAAUUCCA